AUCUCUUAAACUUUAAAUAAAAGAAUAAUGUACUUCGAUACUCAAUUUAGAACAACAAUCUGCAAAAGUCAAUGUCUUAAAGUCGGUUCUGAGUCCUGACCAAUGAAAACAAGAAAAAUGUUUUAUGGCCAUCAGUCGGUCAAUAAUAAAUCCAAAGCAAAAAAAAAAAAAAAGGACCCUCCAAGCAUUUUCUGCAAUCUUCUACAUCCCCUGUUUCAACUCUUAAUUUCACCGAAUCAACUCUGUAACCCCAUUGAUUUUUCUGCACCAACCUUGCCAAAUCUCAUAUGUUAUCCUUCUUUUAAUCAUUUAACUUCCAUUGAACUUCCCAAAAAUUAUCUGAUUUUUCGUUUGCUUAUCCUUAUAUCAUACAUUGUUAUUACCAGUUUAACAAAGUUUACCGCUUUAUUGUGGUAGUAUAUCAGCUUCAUAAUCUCAAUUCGAAGCUUUUUUUUUUCAUCAAUAUCAACAUGUGCUUAAGGAGCUCUUCGUACACAAGCCCCAAACCCUGCAAACACCUAGCAGAUUACAAGCUCAGGCAUGCUUUCAAUGGCUAUGAUUCCCUCCAAAAUUGCCUCAAAACCACCCCAAUUGGAAGAACUAGAGUUGAUAAUCACAAUACUAAAACACCCAGAUGCAAUUUCUGUAAUGGGUAUCAAGGCAGGCUUUAUAUUUGUUUGAUGUGCUCAUCCAUAUCAUGUUCGACCCACAUUCUUUUGCAUACCCAAUCCAAGUCCGGCCAUGACGUAGCGAUCGACAUCGAAAGAUCGGAGCUUUAUUGCUGUUUGUGUUGUGAUCAGGUAUACGAUCCUGAUUUCGACAAGGUUGUCGUGUCUGAACAAAUCAAGGGCUCCUGUCCUGGGAGAUCGAACAAGAGGAGGAGAUUAAAUUCAGGGAUGGAAUUGGAUUUGAAGAAGUCGAAACAGUUGAUUGCAAUGAGAGAUGGGAGAGCUAAAUCGUGUUAUCCAUUGGGAUUAAGGGGAUUAAACAAUUUGGGUAAUACUUGUUUUAUGAACUCAGUGUUGCAGGCUUUGCUUCAUGCUCCUCCUUUGAGGAAUUAUUUCUUGAGUGAUCACCAUAACCGUGAUGAAUGCAAGAGAAGAUAUGGUGAAAAGCUAUGCUUGCUUUGUGAUAUUGGUGCUCUUGUUUCAGCUAUGUUCUCGGGUGAUCGAUCCCCUUACAGUCCAGCUCAGUUUCUUUACAGUUGGUGGCAGCAUUCAUCGAAUUUAGCUAGUUAUGAGGAGCAGGAUGCUCAUGAAUUCUUCAUUUCAGUUUUAGAUGGGAUCCAUGAGAAAGAAAGCAAAGUAAGAAACUCUAGCAAAGAUGAUGGAGAUUGCCAAUGCAUUGCUCAUAGGGCAUUCUCGGGGUUGUUGAGAUCUGAUGUCACUUGUACGACUUGUGGAUUUACUUCCACAACUUACGAUCCUUGUGUUGAUAUUUCACUCAACUUGGACACAGUUAACUCAUCUGCAGCUGAGAAGACGGGUUUGUCUACUCUAUCAGGUUGCCUGAAUUUGUUUACGAGAGCAGAGAGGUUAGGUUCUGACUCGAAACUCCAUUGUCAGAAUUGUCAAGAGCUACGGGACACAUCGAAGCAACUGUCUAUUAGUAGACUCCCAUUGGUGCUUUGUUUACACAUAAAGAGAUUUGAACACUCUUUAAUCCGAAAAACAUCAAGGAAAAUCGAUCAAUAUUUGCAGUUCCCUUUCGCAUUGGACAUGACCCCAUAUUUGUCAUCCUCGAUUGUUAGAAGCAGGUUCGGGAAUAGAAUGUUUGCUUUCGAAUGUGAAAACACCGAUAGUUCAGCUGAAUACGAGAUAUUUGCUGUGAUUGCUCAUUCGGGAAUGCUGGAAUCUGGGCAUUAUGUGACGUAUCUGCAUGUAAACAACCAGUGGUAUAAAUGCGAUGAUGCUUGGAUAUGUGAAGUUGAUGAGGGGAUAGUGAGAGCUUCACAGUGUUAUAUGUUGUUCUAUGUUCAGAAACUGCUUUACUACAAAGCAAAUAAGGAUUUAAGUUGCAAUGUGAGUGUAGAGUCCAGAUGAAAGUUGGAUAAUGCUGGGUAAUUUAUAAUCUUCGGACGAAGGUGAACCGAAGAGCCAGUGAGAAUGAAGCAAACAUUAUUCUUUGUUGGGAGUAUUCCCUUAGAUUCGAGCUCGAGAAAUUUCCGAAGUUUAAGCCAUUGGACUUGUCCAAGUGAAAUCAAUUCUUUUUCAUGUUGGGAUUCCCAAAAGCUUUGAAUUAUUUUUGUUUAGAUUUGAUUGCUGUUAAUUUCGGAAGGGCCACUCUGAAGAUGAAUAAAAAGCUGAAAAUAUUCAUCAAUAGUUCCUCAAUGUAUGUCCAUUUUGUGAAGUGAGGUGUUUGAUAGAGUUGUGUAAAUAAGUUGUUUCCACAGUGGAGAUGGCUCUGUUGUGUUGCCAUUAUAUAGAGAUAACAAGCCAGUGCUUAAUUUGGUUCUACCACGUUAUCUACCACGUUAUCAGAAGUAUUUUGCAUUUUCUGUAAAUAAAGGAAUAAAAAGACUAGGGUAUUACGACAGUCAAGACAUUCAACCUGAGCUUUUCACAGAAAUAUCAAAUAUAACAGAAAAGAAAAUGAUUGAUGGUAGAAUCACAAGAAGCCCCUCCCUCAACAAAUAUCAGAAUUAAGUAUUUUUCUCAAUCAGCUAUAAAAAUAACAACUCGGUUCAAAAAUGAGAAUUGAAGUAUACAUUUUAAAGCAAUGAGUAUAUCUUAACCUAAGACAUUGGUCCAUGAAUAUGACAAAAGAACACAAAGCAGAUCCCGGUUUUACACACUAAUCAAUCUUGACAGAUGAGUAGAUAAGUCUUGUGAACCAAAAGCACGCAUAAAAUCCGAUGGUGCCCGUUAGCACAAAAAAUG